UGGGCACGAUGAUCGAUUCCGUUGGAGGGAGGGAGAGUUGUGAAAAUAACGAGUGUUUUGACGAUCGCUAUGGGGCCAGUAAACUUUAAUAAUUAUGGUCUUAAUCCUUAGUUUAAAAAGGGGGUUCCCUGAACUUGGUUCCUGAACCUUUCUCUACCCAGAACCCGUCGAGCUUUCUUGUCAAUAAACGAAAAAGCAAAUCAAGGCACACAAACCCUAACCUUUAUCGAUAAACCUAAAGCGUAACCACCGGUCUGCGAGCACAUCUCUCUCGACGGGAAAAGCGCUUUCGCACUGUGAGCCAUUUCACCAUCAUUACCGAGCCCCAUUUUUUACCCUUUGAGCCAUCUUGAUCCUGACUUGAGCGGUCCAGGUAGAAUAAUAAUAAAAAGAUAUGUCUCCAAGAGUUUGGCUCAUCACGGGGUGCUCCUCCGGUUUCGGCGGCUUGCUCGCCAGGGCUGCCCUGAAGAACGGUGAUAAGGUGGUUGCGACGGCCCGUGACCCAAAGAGGAUCGAUGACCUCAAGGCGUUGGGAGCCGCAACCCUAGCUCUUGAUGUCUGCGAUGCGGAGGAGAAUGUCCAAAAGGCCGUUGCUGAUGCAAACGCUGUGUACGGACGGAUUGACAUUCUGGUGAACAACGCCGCCUACAUAUUGGAGGGAACGGUAGAGGAAUCCAGGUAUGCUACACUCAAACGCACGCCUCGUGUUUUAUUUCCUUUUUUAGGCCUCUGUCCAUGCCAAGAAUGAAGAUCAGAGUGAUUAAUGUAUGGUUCAACUCGCAGCGCAUCAGAAGUAUUCAAAAUCUUCAACACCAAUGUCUUCGGGUCCUUGGCCGUGGCCCGCGCGGUUCUGCCCUACAUGCGCGCGAGAAAGAGUGGCACAAUCGCAAACAUGGGAUCCAUCGGCGGCGUUAGGGGGACCCAGGGAGCAGGUCUCUACUGCUCGACCAAGUUUGCCAUUGCAGGUAUCACCGAGUCCCUUAAGGCUGAGGUCGCACAUUUAGGCAUCGACGCCGUCUGCAUCGAGCCCGGCUACUUCCGCACAAAUUUCCUUGCCCCGGGGCACAGGACCCCGACUGCAGCGAGGAUUGCUGAUUACGACCCUGUUAUGGAGCCCAUCAGGAACGUCUUCGACACGUAUGACAGAGCUCAACCGGGUGAUCCGGAGAAGGGUGCCCAGCUGAUUGUUGAGAUCCUGACAAAGUCUGGGAGAGUCUCCGGGAAGGAGGUUCCUGUUCGUGUGCCAAUUGGCUCGGACGCUAUCGCUUUCAUUAGCGCUAGGGCUGAGGAGACUCUACAGACCAUGAAGGGAUGGAAGGAUCUCUCUUCCUCCACUGACCAUGACGAUGUCAAGAAGUAGUUGUUUGAGCUGGGCCUUCUCGAUAGGGUAGUUUGUUGUCGGGAUAUCGAUUGAAUAUUAGAAAAUCAUUCAUUAUUGAGAAAAA